AUGACCACUUCAAUAAAUACUCAGGUGACAACAAGAGAUGUCAGUGGACUCUCGUUAAUAGCGGCGCACUCGCAUAUUACGGGACUUGGUUUAGAGGAUAAUUUACAGCCCAAAGAGAAUGCGCAGGGACUAGUUGGCCAAUUGCAAGCCAGGAAAGCGGCUGGUAUAGUUUUAAAGAUGGUUCAAGCAGGAAAGAUAGCAGGAAGGGCAGUUUUGAUUGCGGGACCGCCUUCUACUGGUAAGACGGCCAUUGCAAUGGGACUAUCGCAAAGUCUAGGCUCUGAAGUUCCUUUCACAGCACUAGCAGCUUCAGAGGUGUAUAGUUUAGAGGUAUCCAAAACCGAAGCACUAACACAAGCCUUUCGAAAAUCAAUAGGAAUCAGGAUCAAAGAGGAGACUGAGAUUAUUGAAGGUGAAGUUGUUGAGAUUCAGAUAGAUAGGUCUAUAACUGGUGGUCAUAAACAAGGUAAGCUUACAAUAAAGACUACAGAUAUGGAAACAGUUUACGAAUUGGGAAGCAAGAUGAUUGAAGGAUUAACUAAGGAGAAAGUACUUGCAGGUGAUGUUAUAUCAAUUGAUAAAGCUUCAGGCAAAAUCACCAAAUUAGGUAAAUCUUUUACGAGAGCUAGGGAUUAUGAUGCUAUGGGACCAGAAACCAAAUUUGUUCAAUGUCCUGAAGGUGAAUUGCAAAAGAGGAAAGAAGUUGUGCAUACGAUUUCGCUACAUGAAAUUGAUGUGAUAAACUCGAGACAGCAAGGGUUUUUGGCAUUGUUUUCUGGUGAUACUGGUGAAAUUAGUUCGGAAGUUCGUGAUCAAAUAAAUACCAAAGUUGCUGAGUGGAAAGAGGAAGGUAAAGCAAAAAUUGUGCCAGGAGUUUUGUUUAUUGACGAAGUACAUAUGUUGGAUAUUGAAUGCUUUUCAUUUAUCAACAGAGCAUUAGAAGAUGAUUUCUCCCCUAUUGUUAUAAUGGCUACCAAUCGUGGAAUCAGCAAGACAAGAGGCACCGAUUACAAGUCACCACAUGGAAUGCCUUUGGACUUGUUGGAUAGAUCUAUAAUUAUUCAUACAACUAGUUAUUCAGGAGAUGAGAUAAGGACCAUAUUAUCAAUAAGAGCCACAGAAGAAGAAGUUGAAUUGAGUGGAGACGCAUUAGCUCUAUUGACCAAAAUUGGACAAGAGACAAGCUUACGGUAUGCAAGUAACUUGAUUUCUGUAGCACAACAAAUUGCAUUGAAAAAGAGGAGUAGCCAGGUUGAAUUGCAGGAUAUUAAAAGAGCCUAUAUGUUGUUCUUGGACUCUGAUAGAUCGGUUCAAUAUUUGGAAAAACACUCAUCACAAUAUAUUGAUGAUUCAGGCAGGGUGACUAUUGGUGACAAAAAUUUCAAACGUGAGGAGUCAAAGGCAGAAGCUGGAGUAACAGAAAAGGACAACGAAACCAAAGCAGAAGCACCAGAAGCAAAAGCAGCAAAAGAUGAAAACGAAGAAAGAAAGAUGGCAGCACAAGAACCCAAAGAUGAUGAUAAAAUGGAAACAGAUUAG